GUGGGGCCCUGCCAUCCCGACUAGAUGAGGUGGAAAUCCUCGUUGAGGCUGAGCUUCCACAGGUCCUAGAUGACAGCAAUGAUGAAGGGGACCAAGGUCUAGUGGUAAACCAAAAGAUGGCCUUCCUCACUUACUUGAGCCUCAGCCUUCUUGGCAUCUUCUUUGCUGGUCCUUUCUUUCCAGUGGAAGCUGACACCUGUGCCAGGGAGUGGCUGCAAAACCAAGGAAACUGCUAUGCUUAUUUUGAUCAGAAGUUAACAUGGCAUGAAGCUGAGAUUGAGUGCCAGAGCUAUGGCCGUGGAGCCCACCUCGCCUCCAUCCUUACCAAAGCAGAGAUGCUCCUAGUAGCUGAACACAUCUCUACUUACCAACGAGAACUUGGUAAUGUCUGGAUUGGACUCCAUGAUGUCUGUCAGACUAGAAAGUGGAGGUGGGCUGAUGAAUCCAUUUACAACUACAAAUCCUGGAUGAACUACCAGCCAGAUAACUAUGGCAACAAUGAGCACUGCGUGGAGCUGCGACAAUCCACAGGCUUUAAAUUAUGGAACGACAUACGAUGCAACACACGUAAUGCCUACAUCUGCAAACACGAGUUGUAGAGGUGACCGAAGUUUCUCCCUGUGCUUUCCAGGGUACUGAUGCCUUCUCACUUAUCUCAUUACCUCCUCACAUUCCAUAGAGAUAAAGUUUUCUUGCAUUUUCUUCAAAACCUGAACUCACAAGAACUGCCUCUUUGAUUCUUCCGAACUUUUCUCAU